GCGUCUGGUAGUAGUCUUUGCCCAUGGCCCCCCGCUGCGGCCCGCCAACCCGCUGUCGCCGUCCCCCGGCUCCCCCGCCGCCCGGUCCCGGACUCUAUAUACCCGUCCGGCGGAAGCUUCCAGAGCCCGCCAGCCCCCUCCAGAACCUUCCGCCCCGCCCCCCCGCCCGCGGCGCCGGCCAAUCGCCACCGCCCUUUCCGCGACACGCGACAUCCGGGGCGGGGCUUUGCCGUCAACGGCCGCAGGCGCGGGACCACGCCCCCUCCCGCUCCGCCCUCGACAACGCCUCCCCGCGGCGCGCGCACAGGUCGGAGGAGGCCCCGCCCACCUUCCUGGACGAGCCAAUCGCGAUCUUCUUUCACACUCUGCACCGCCCCAGCGACCCUGCGUCCCGCCCUCCGCCUGGGUCAGUGGGUCAGGAGCCGUCGCGAAGAUAGUGCCAGCGAAAAAGAUAAGGAGUUUCCUGAAGACCACAUAGCAUUGGCUUCCUGUACUCGCAGUCAGGGAUCCCCAAAGGCUACAGCUUCAGA